AGAGGAGCGCGAGACGCCGCGAGGCGGGAGGAGGCGAGCGAGAGAGGCGGGCUCGAGGCGUGCAGGUCCGCGGCCGGCUCGCACGGGCGGACUGGGUGGGGUGGGCGCCGACGCCCCUCGGCGGCCGGCCCUCGGCGCGGCUCCGCACCAGGCCCCGCAGGAAGCGCGCGCUGAUUGACAGCUGCGCUGUCCCAAAAAGGCUCGGCGAAGAUGCUGAUCUAGACGCGCGGCCGGCGCGCCCGGUGCCCGCUCCCCUCCGCGCGCCUCCCGAGCCCGCCGCCUCCCGGCGGCCGAGGAGCCGGGCUGAGGUCCCCGCCGGCGCGCCAGCCCCCGCGGCCCCGGCCGGCAGGCGCUCUCCCCGGCUCACCAUGCACUGCCACGCGGAGCUGAGGCUGAGCUCGCCCGGCCAACUCAAAGCAGCCAGGCGGCGCUACAAGACUUUCAUGAUCGACGAGAUCCUUUCCAAGGAGACCUGCGACUACUUUGAGAAACUUUCCCUCUACUCCGUGUGCCCGUCGCUGGUCGUGCGACCCAAGCCCCUGCAUUCCUGUACCGGCCCUGCUUCCCUCCGGGCAUACCCUCUCCUCUCAGUGAUCACCCGACAGCCCGCGGUCAUCUCCCACCUGGUCCCUGCCACCCCGGGAGCUGCCCAGGCAUUGUCCUGCCACCCGGCCUCUGAGGCCACCUCUGCUGAGGUCCCGGGGGGUGAGGCUCUAGGCAGCAGCGAGUCAGAGACGGAGCAGCCCACGCCCCGGCAGAAGAAGCCCCGUCGGAGUCGCACUAUCUUCACUGAGCUGCAGCUCAUGGGCCUGGAGAAGAAAUUCCAGAAGCAGAAGUACUUGUCCACCCCAGACAGGUUGGACUUGGCCCAGUCUCUGGGACUCACUCAACUGCAGGUGAAGACUUGGUAUCAGAACCGCAGGAUGAAGUGGAAGAAAAUGGUUCUUAAAGGUGGACAGGAAGCACCCACAAAACCCAAAGGUCGUCCCAAGAAGAACUCCAUCCCCACCUCAGAAGAGAUUGAAGCUGAAGAGAAGAUGAACAGCCAGGCCCAGAGCCAGGAGCGCCUUGCACCCUCCCAGAGACAGGAGGAGCUCUGUGACACACAGGAAGCAAAAGCAUGCGAUGUCCCCUUAGAGAUGCCAGAGCCCCCAGGCCAGCCCCAAGAGUUGCCAGUAGCCUCUUCGGAACCCCCACCAUCAAGCUAAAAUAAAACUCUUUGGGGGGAAGGGGGAGAUGGGGAGGAAUGGAAAGAGAAGGCAGGGAGAAUAGGGAACCGCUUCCCAAAGCCUGGUAAACUCGGUGGGGGGGAGGGGGACAAGAGAUCCGCGUCCCCCUCUCUCCCACGGGUCUCAGUGGUUUUCAUCACAAGCAUUUGAUGAAGACUUGGCUUGCCUUAGGCCUUUCUGUUCCUGAAAGGCUGCUUUAGCCAUGGGAUGCCCUUGACGAAGGGAAAUAGUGCCUUGGAACUGCCUGCCCCCACUGGGGUGGUGGCUUCGGGGCUGGGUGCAAGAGGCCUGCCCAUGUUGCGAGCCCCAACCUGGUGUGGUGGAGGACUGCUCUGGCUCUCUCCCUGCCAGCCUCUGGGCAGCCCGGCGUCCAAGCAGAGAGAGAUGGAGAAGCUUGGGCAGCACGCCUGGCUUCCUUGCUGACUCAGCACUUAACUUCUGUAGUUUUGAAAGAGAAUUUAAUGGUUUUGGUUGUUUUUUUGGGGGGGUGGGU